UGGUGGCUUGCUGAUGGUGGCUUUUAUGUGAUAGCAUAGCUGACCGUGAUGGUGCCUUUUGUGAUACUUUGUACAUGCAUCAUCUUGAAAUUAAUAUAUAUGCUGCUUUAUCAUACUGCUCUAUACAUCCUUAAUUUUAUGCCCAUCCAUUUAUUUAUUUCACUUAUAUAGAAAGAAAGUAAGUAGGGGUUACCUUACAUGGACUCCUGACAUGGACACGGCAUUGUUGGCUGUCCUUGUUGAGCAUCACAACAAUGGUGAUCAUGCUCAAAAUGGUUGGGAGCCGCAUGUAUACAAUGCUUGCAUUAGGCAUGUAAUGGAUACAUGUGGGGUGGACAUUACAAAGGACAACAUAACAGCAAGAUGCAAAACUUUUGACAAGCAUUAUGAGGUCAUUAGCAAGAUACUAGCUCAGAGUGGCUUUGGCCGGGAUUGGGAGAAUAACAAGCUGUCAAUCGACGGUGAGGAUGUGUGGUCUAAAUAUGUGGAGGCUAACAAGGCAGCAGGUAGCUACAAGACCAAGGUAGUGAUGAAUUGGGACCAAAUCAGCACCAUCUAUUCAAAAGACCAUGCAACCAGUGAAGGUGCCAAGACAACAGCUGAGUGUGUUCAAGAAGAAGACACACAAGUUCUUGAAGAAUCUCCAGACAUACCCCAGAAUCAGAAGAGGCUACGCACUGGGGAUGCUAUUUUGUGCAUGAUGGGAGACAUGAAGGCAGAAUUUCAAGAAGUUUCGAAGACAACCGAUACAGUUACUUUGCCAAAGGUUACUCAAUCAGCUGAAAUCCUUGCAGCACUUCCGAUUAUACCAGAUUUGGCGGAAUGUGAUAUGCUAAAAGCUUACGAAAAGCUGAGUCUUAGUGAGCGCUUGUUUGAAUCACUCAUGGAGCUUCCCAUGACCUUGAGAAAGGCAUGGCUCUUGAGCUUGGCUUGAUGGAUGCUAUCAUGUUCGAACUAUCAUGUAUGGUUCAUGUUUCGAACUACCAUGUAUUUCGCUAUUUAUGAACUGUCCAGUAGUGUUAUGUUUCUGUAAAAGACUUGUUUGAGGAGCCACAUCUACCUGACUUGUAUUUUGCUAUGUAUUGAUGUCAUG